AUGGCCCUUCUCACUCAUCUACCUAAGUACGAUAUCGAAGACUCCAAUAUCGCGCUCUUUGGCUCAGAUAUUGAAAAGCGCGUACGCGAGCAUGCAGGGGAUAAGGAGACUGCAUGGGAAAGCGCUGGUCUCGAACCUGGACUACAGAUCUGGCGCAUCGAGCAUUUCAACGUUGUAGACUGGCCCAAAGACCGGUAUGGGUCCUUCUAUGACGGUGAUUCGUACAUCGUCCUGCACACCUACAAGAAAGACCCGGAAGCUGAGGCCCUCUCCUACGACUUACACUUCUGGCUAGGCGAGGAGACAAGCCAAGACGAGGCCGGCACGGCAGCGUACAAGACAGUCGAACUUGAUGACCAUCUGAACGGACGACCUGUUCAGCAUCGCGAAGUACAGUCUUACGAAUCGACGCGUUUCUUAUCUUAUUUCCCGGCCUUUCACGCACUGCAUGGUGGUGUAUCCACAGGCUUUCAUCACGUCGAAGCAACGCCGGUUGAUGAUACCCCAAGGCUCUACCGGAUCGGUGUAUCCGGCAAGAGUCUGCUUGUGCGCGAGGUUGCGGCUACAGCUGCGAGUCUCGCUCAAGGCGACGUCUUCGUUUUGGAUCAAGGCUCGAAAGUGUGGCAACUCAACACCCGCGGUGCUGUCGGCAAGGAGAAGUUCAAAGCCGCGGAGUUCACACAAAGCAUUGUCAACGCAAGACAAGGUGCCUGCGAGUCUACGGUAUAUGACGAAGGUGGUCAGGGCGUGGGCGUCUUCCUCUCGGCCCUCGGCGCAGAAACCGUCCCCACUCGGGAAGGACAGGAUGCCCACACGCUUGACCUGAAGCUCUUCCGGUUCUCUGACAGCUCAGGUGUGAGCGAGGUGUCUCCCGUCUCGCGUUCUGCUUUGUCCUCAGGCGAUGCCUUCCUCCUUGAUGCACUCUCCGCGGAGCACCCUGCGGUGUACGUAUGGAUUGGCGCUGAAGCAUCCAGCUUCGAGCGCCGCGGGGCCUUCGCACAAGCUCAAAAGUUUCUGCACGAGAAGGGGAAGGCGCGUGGGGGCAUUGUGAUCAUGCGGGAGGGUGAAGAAAGCGGGGAUUUCACACAACUGUUGGAUAGCGCUUGA